CCCAGGGUUUCCUCUUCAAGUAGGUUUAAAACAUUUUUUUCUCCCUAACUUCCUUCCUGUUCUAACUGCCAGCACACAGAAGUCAGAGUUGAGAGACAGAGGCACCCCGGACAGAGACGCGAAGCACUGAAUAUCAAAAUGACUGAAAAGGCUCCCGAGCCACACCUGGAGGAGGAGGAGGAUGACCUGGACGGCAAGCUCAAUUAUAAGCCUCCACCUCAGAAGUCCCUGAAAGAACUCCAGGAGAUGGACAAAGAUGACGAAAGUCUAACCAAGUACAAGAAAACGCUGCUGGGAGAUGGCCCCGUGGUAGCAGACCCGACAGUCCCCAAUGUCACUGUCACACGGCUUACCCUGGUUUGUGAGAGUGCCCCAGGACCCAUCACCAUGGACCUUACUGGGGAUGUUGCAGCCCUCAAAAGACAAACCUUUGUGGUAAAGGAAGGUGCUGAGUAUAGAGUCAAAAUUAACUUCAAAGUGAACAAGGACAUUGUGUCAGGCCUGAAAUAUGUUCAGCACACCUACCGGACUGGGGUUAAAGUGGACAAAGCAACGUUUAUGGUUGGCAGCUACGGGCCUCGGCCGGAGGAGUACGAGUUCCUCACCCCCAUUGAGGAGGCUCCCAAGGGCGUGCUGGCCCGAGGCACGUACCACAACAAGUCCUUCUUCACAGACGACGAUAAGAACGACCACCUCACCUGGGAUUGGAACCUGUCCAUUAAGAAGGAGUGGACAGAAUGAGUGCAUCUCCCCACCCCUUUCCCACCUUGCCACCUGGAAGAAUCCCCCCGGCCAUGUGCGUCACCCUGUCCCUCCUCCCCUUCCACGGCUGGGGACGUCCGUCUCCCACGUGGGCCUUAUGGAUGCGUCUCGCCCCGCUCGGUCUCACCGCGCUCCCCAUCCUCUCGCUGUCGCUGGGCUCCUCCACCCAGGCCACAUCCUCCAUCUCACUUCGCCAUCCUUCCGUGCUUCCCUCCCUCAUCCCCAUUCCGGCACGUAGAGGCCAGGAAGCCGGCAAACCAUCGCCACAGUCCUUUUGCCUCGGUUUCCCAUCCCUGGAUUCCCCCGUGGUUGCUGCUGCCCCGGUAACCCCCUAGUCGCAUCCCCUGCCGGAUGAGGCUCUUUUUUUUGUGGGAGACGCUGCAAACAAUGCUAGAGAGUAUGAAUAAAAUGACUGUUUGUUCUGAGA